GCUCAAAUGAGCAGCGUUCGCCGUUGAAGUCGCACGCGAAUUUUGAAAUUGCUAGCCGCAAAAUUGAAAGACGUUACGAGAGAGUUUUUUCGAGUUCGUUAUUUGCUGUUUCGCCGUAGAAAUUCAAAGUGAAAAUCAAAUUUAGCGUCGUGAGUGUUUGUGUGUGUGUGUAAGUGAAAUUGUGAAAAUUGCAAAUUAAAACCCAGCGCAUACCAACGAAAAAUAAGAAAACAAAACCCAAACCUCUGUGCACUUGGAUUAAAGCACACCAAAAAAACGAGAAAAAAAAAACUCCUAUUGGAUUUUCACUUUUUAUGGGAUUAGCUGCAGCCAUAAACAUAUAACUCAUCUGAUCUAACUUCAGGUGAUCGAACAGCUGCUGCUUGUUGCAGCCACAAAACAGGAAAUCUUUACAUCGCUUAUUUUUUUGGCAACAUUUUGAAUGCUUUUGCCUCAAUAUGGCCCAACACUGUGAUCAACGUUGGCUCAAGCUCUUCACAUGCAGCCUGCUGUUGCUGUCGCUGUUCGCGUUGCAAGCAACCGAUGCCAAACGCACAACGGCCAAUUUAACUGCCUGCCAGCAUUUGAGACGCGCCGAAUCCCGUCGUGCGAAGGCGUUGCAAGAUUCAUCGGUGCGUAUUCCACGUUGCCGCAAAACAGGCGAGUUUGAGCGCAUACAAUGCACGAAUGAGAAAGCUGGCGAGGAUUGCUGGUGCAUCGAUGAAUACGGCGUAGAGUUGCCUGGCUCCAGGAAUGCCACACGCAGUGGAGUGCUAUGUGAAGAGCCCAAACAUUGUGCCGCCUCCGCUUGUCGCAUGUUCUGCCCCUCGGGUUUUGCACGUGAUGCACAAACUGGUUGCUCCGUGUGUCGCUGCAGAGAUCCCUGCGAUGGCCUCGACUGCCCGAACGGACAAACCUGUCAACUCCAAGAAGUACAAUGCAAAUCGGAACCUUGUCCACCGUUGCCCACCUGCAAGAAGGCGCGCUCACUGGCCAAUUUCUGUCCAGCUGGUUUACCUUUGGCCAUCGAUGACAGCGUCAGACCUUUCUUGUGUGGCCAGGAUGCGGGUAAGCCGCAGUGUCCGCCGCUGUAUCAGUGCAUGGUCGAGGCGGGCAACGACUAUGGCGUCUGCUGUCCCAGCACGUUGACCUUCCAGAAGCCUGGGAUCUGCCCGGCGCCGGAGCAGGCGCAAUACACUCAACGCACGGGUUACAUGUGCGGUGCUCCUUGCAGCCAUGAUCUGGAGUGUCGCAACAUGGAGAAGUGUUGCUUCACCAAAGGCUGCCAGUUCAAUUGCCAGCAGCCCAGCAAUGUCACCGGUUGCCAUCAGGCCAAAGCCUUGGCCGACAUCUUGGCCAUCAAUGAGCGCGAGGGACGCGGCUAUGUUCCCGAUUGCAAUGGUCCAGGGGGACAAUACACACCCAGGCAAUGCUCGAGGAAUGGUUUGGUCUGCUGGUGUGUGGAUCCUCGCACGGGACACAAGAUCAAGGAGUCCAUGGGAGCGGCGAACAAUGUCAACUGCGAUGGCUGGGAGAACAUGAUCAGUCGCUCGUAUGCGCGCAGCUUCCAGAUGGAACAGUGCGACACCAACAUCUGUGCUGCAGUCUGUGAAUAUGGAUUCAAGAACGAUCAUAAUGGCUGCCCGACCUGCGAGUGCUCGGAACCCUGCGAAGGCUUCAAGUGUUCCAUUGGCUCGCACUGCGAGGUUGCCACCGAUCCGCUCUGUGAAUCCGGCUCCUCGUUGUGCUCCUCUUGGCCCGUCUGCAAACCCGAUUUGGCCUACUCGAAUCCCUGUGAUGUUGGCACUCCGCUCUCGGACACUGUGAGUGGCGAAGUCAUGUAUUGCUUUGAUGAGCGACAGGCGCGCAGCUUCCAGCCCACGGCCUUCUUUGAACCCGAGGUGGAAUCGAAGCAGGGUCGCUCCAUGAGCAAUCGCAUCAUGUGUCCCGAGCAAUACAAGUGCACCAAGCUGCAUCGUGAAACAGAAAGCGUUUGCUGUCCACUGCCAGAGCAGUCAACAGCCGCCAGCGAGGAUCAGCCGACGACGCAUCAGCAGACAAUGUGCGAAUAUCUUCGCGAUUUCUCGGAGCGCAUGGAAGGCACCGAGGCCGGAAUGCAGCUGGCGAUGCCAGCACCCCGCUGCACCCCCGAAGGCGACUACGCGAGUCGCCAGUGCGAGCUCCGCAAGAUUAGCGUAACCCGAGCCGAGCAGCGCAAGAUCCUCGAGGAGAAUACGAUUCGUCGCAUGCGCAUGUUGCUCCAAAAUGCGCCCAAACGCACUCGCCGCAAUGCGGAACGCCUGAAACUCUAUCGCGUGGAUGAUGCCACACUCAAGGUGCAACUUGCCACGGCGCCAGCGCCAGUUGCAGCCAUGGCACGCAGUGCCAAAGUCAUAGAUAUAGGCAACGAUCGUCAGCAGUUGUUUGAGACGGACUUCAAGAAGGUCGCCCCGGCGCCAAAGAAACACACAGCUGACUCUGAACUCGUGGAGCAGGAGGUGGAACAAUGUUGGUGUGUGGACAGCUUUGGCACCGAGAUUCCGCAGUCGAGGGGUUACAAUGUGAGUGACGACAGUUGCCAGCAGCUGCGAGAGGAUUUGUCCUGCCUCGAUCUCACCUGUCGCAUGGGCUGUGAAUACGGAUUUGCUUUGGAUGCCCAGACUCGUUGUCCCGCCUGUCAGUGUCGCGAUCCCUGCGAUGGCGUCAGCUGUGGGGAAGGCAAGGAAUGUCGCAUUGUUGACGUGAGCUGUGAAGGUGAAUACUGUCCUCCAGUGCCCGCUUGCCUGCCCCGCAAGCCAGGACAAUGUCCCUACCUGGUGCCACCUGGACUCAGCGUGGAUAACCUCGAUGCGAAUGUUUGUGGCUACGAGUGUCGCACAGAUGCGCAUUGCGAAGGCACACGACGCUGCUGCUCCAAUGGCUGUGGCACGCAGUGUGUGGAACCGCAGCUGAAGACGGCUUGCCAGCAUCUGCAGUCCAUACAGCUGCAUCAGAGCUCGGAGCUGGGCAUUCCGGCACGUCUGAUGAGCGUGGCACAAUGCGAGCAGGAAACCGGAAAGUGGAAGCAAGUGCAGUGUGCACCCGACGGGCAUUGUUGGUGCGUCGAUAGCCAGGGACAACAGCUGGCGGGCACAAAAGUGAAGUCACCUGCUGAACCCGUCUGUCAACUCAACUCCAGCUACGCUUGUCCCCCUUCGAAGUGCUCCCAGCAAUGCGAAAGUGGCUAUCAAAUGGAUGCGAAUGGUUGUCAGACUUGCGCGUGUCGCAAUUACUGCGAGGAACUCAACUGCGCCAGCGAUGAGGAGUGUCAGCUGAUACACGUGGAGUGCGUGGACAGUCCUUGCCCCAAGAUGCCCAUCUGUGUGCCGCGACGUGCUUCGGUCUGUGCCGAGGGCAAUCCGCUGCAGCAAGGCGACCUCGAUGUCAGCUGUGGGCCACAUAAUGAGCAUGAUGCAUGCCCCACGACGCACAGCUGCCAGCUGAAUCCGGUCACAAAUCGCGGAGUCUGUUGCUCGAAGACACGCGACGUCUGCUUCGAAUCGAUGGACAAUGUGUGCCUGGCCAGCUCGGAGUCAACACAGAAUCUAACACGCUAUCGCUUCAGUCCAAAGGCCAACAAGUGUGUCAGCGUGCAGUUGGAUGCAAAUUCUGCCGCCGCGUGUCAAUCGAAGAAUCUUUUCCACAACGAACUCGCCUGCAAUUCCGUGUGUCCUUUGCUCACUCCCUGCGAACGCUUGAAGCUGAAGAACAGCUUGGCUGCCCAGCGCACUGGACACUCCUCCGUUUGGUUUCAGCCACGUUGUGAUCCCAUUACCGGUCACUGGAGUCCGGUGCAGUGUCUGGGCAAGCAGCCCGAAUUGAACAGCACACCCAAAUCACACACGGAGAUUGUAAGUCGCGCUUUUGCCGGGAAUGAAGAGACGCCAAGUCCUUAUGGCGUUUGCUGGUGUGCGGAUCGCAAGGGUGCACCUCUCAAAGGCACACUCACCCGGGAUGUGGAGCCAGUUUGCAACAGUCGCCAGGCGCGUCAGCGCAAGCAAUACGAUCUGGGCGAUCCGCUGAUGGAGCAGCUCAUCUCGCAGCUGACGCAGUUGAAUGAGUUGUCCAACGACGACCUGGACUUGGAUGAGGUGGAGGCACGUCUGCAGCCCACGGAACGUGUCAUGGAGUUGGCCAACUCGCUGCUAGACUCUCAACUCUCAGUGGAAGCUUCGCCGCUGCAACCCAUGCAGCUGAAUACGACACGUUGUCGUGCGCUCGCCGAGACUGCGACAUUCCCAGUGAGCUGCGAUGAGUCGGGUUCCUUCUUGCCACAGCAGUGCAAUGGGCACAGCUGUUGGUGCGUCGAUGCCGCAGGCAAUCAGCUGCAGUCCACGCACAUCUUUGGACAGGGUGACAAGCACUGCGAACAAGUGCCCAUCGAAUCGGUGGCCAUUGAGCUGCACAUGAGCAACAGCAGCUCGAGCAGCGUGCGAAAUGUCUACGAUUCGAUAAGGAGGGAACUUCAGCAACUCCUCGGCGAUGUGGUGGAGAAUCUGCGUGUGCAGGAGAACUUUGAUGGCUCGGUGAUUGUCCGCUUCGAGCUGCACAAUGCGGCCAAGGUGGACAUGGCCUUUGCCAUUGAGUCAGCCAUCACCAAUGGUGGCUUCCAACUCGUCGCCGGACACUUUCAGCCGGAUUUAACGCGUUCUCAUUUCGUGCAUCGUCCUGCGACGUUGCCGCUGGCUCAGGCAGCCACUGCACCGGAUGAAUCCGUGCAGCUGGCCAUGUUUGUGAUGGCCAGCUGUUCGGCCUUCCUCGUCAGCAUCUUUGUGGUGUACGUGAUGCUGAAGCGUGGCUGGCACAAAACGUUGCACAAGAACAUCUACGAUUAUCCCAAGGCGACGCCGGUUGCUGUUGUUGGCGGUCAGGAGAAACCCGUCGACUACUCGCUGCCCAUAUUUGUGCUGGAGGAUGCACAGCCGGAGAGCAUGAAGCGUGUCAAGGCGUAGGAAUUAGUCUUCUCCUUCUGCAGUUGUUAAGCGUUAAAUUAUAUAAAUGAAUUUUGUAAAUAAUUUUGUUGGUUUCAGACACCGUUGCGAAGCGGCGAUGGUGCAAGCCAAAGCACUUAUCUGACAAGUAUAUAGAACUAUAUAUAAAAUUGUGUACUUUCUAGGCUUAUAAGACGACUAAUUUAUGAAUAAAGCUUUAUAAACGAAAUCAAAGU